AUGACGACUGUUAUUGAGACCCAGGUGCAGUAUAACAACACCUACAUGAUGUCUACUACGGAAGACUACAUGACUCAGGAGGAGAACUGGGACAGGGAUCUUCUGCUGGACCCUGCCUGGGAGAAACAGCAGAGGAAGACAUUCACGGCAUGGUGUAACUCUCAUCUGCGUAAGGCGGGAACUCAGAUCGAGAACAUUGAAGAGGAUUUCAGGAAUGGCCUCAAACUCAUGCUGCUGCUCGAGGUCAUCUCAGGUGAGAGACUGCCCAAGCCUGACAAAGGAAAGAUGCGUUUCCACAAGAUCGCCAACGUCAACAAAGCUCUGGAUUAUAUCUCUAGCAAAGGAGUCAAACUGGUGUCCAUUGGUGCUGAAGAGAUUGUUGAUGGCAAUCUGAAAAUGACUCUGGGAAUGAUCUGGACCAUCAUUCUCCGUUUCGCUAUCCAGGACAUUUCUGUAGAGGAGACGUCUGCUAAAGAGGGUCUGCUGCUGUGGUGUCAGAGGAAGACGGCCCCCUACAGGAACGUCAACGUACAGAACUUCCACAUCAGCUGGAAGGACGGCCUCGCUCUGUGCGCCCUCAUCCACAGACACAGACCAGACCUCAUCGACUACUCUAAACUCAGAAAGGACGACCCUAUUGGAAACCUGAACACUGCGUUUGAGGUGGCAGAGAAGUACCUGGACAUCCCGAAGAUGCUGGACGCUGAAGACAUCGUCAACACCCCUAAACCUGAUGAGAAAGCCAUCAUGACCUACGUGUCCUGCUUUUACCAUGCUUUCGCCGGUGCCGAGCAGGCCGAGACCGCGGCUAACAGGAUCUGUAAGGUUCUGGCUGUGAACCAGGAGAACGAAAGGCUGAUGGAGGAGUAUGAGAAACUGGCCAGUGAGUUGUUGGAGUGGAUCCGUCGCACCAUCCCGUGGCUGGAGAACCGCGUGGCGGAGCAGACCAUGCGCGCAAUGCAGCAGAAGCUGGAGGAUUUCCGCGACUACAGGCGCAUCCACAAGCCUCCACGCGUUCAGGAGAAAUGCCAGCUGGAGAUCAACUUCAACACCCUGCAGACCAAACUCCGCCUGAGCAACCGCCCGGCCUUCAUGCCCUCCGAGGGGAAGAUGGUGUCGGAUAUUGCUAACGCAUGGAAAGGUCUAGAGCAGGUAGAGAAGGGUUAUGAGGAAUGGCUCCUCACCGAGAUCCGUCGUCUGGAGAGACUCGAUCAUCUGGCGGAGAAGUUCAAGCAGAAAUGCUCCCUGCAUGAGUCCUGGACCACAGGAAAGGAGCACCUGCUGUCUCAGAAGGACUAUGAGACGGCCUCUCUGAUGGAGAUCAGGGCUCUGAUGAGGAAGCACGAGGCGUUUGAGAGCGACCUGGCUGCCCACCAGGACCGAGUGGAGCAGAUCGCAGCCAUCGCUCAAGAGCUGAAUGAGUUAGACUAUCAUGAUGCUGCUUCAGUGAACACCCGCUGCCAGGGCAUCUGUGACCAGUGGGACAACCUGGGAACCCUGACCCAGAAGAGAAGAGACGCUCUAGAGCGUGUAGAAAAACUUUGGGAGACGAUUGAUCAGCUGUACCUGGAGUUCGCCAAGAGGGCGGCGCCCUUCAACAACUGGAUGGAUGGAGCCAUGGAGGAUCUGCAGGACAUGUUCAUCGUGCACAGCAUUGAGGAAAUCCAGAGUCUGAUAACAGCUCACGACCAGUACAAGGCCACCCUGCCAGAAGCCGAUAAGGAGCGCAUAGCCAUCAUGGGCAUCCAGAACGAGAUCACAAAGAUCGCUCAGACCUACGGCAUCAAGCUGGUCGGAGUCAAUCCGUACACGGUCCUCAGCCCACAGGACAUCACCAACAAAUGGGAGGCUGUGAAGCAGCUGGUUCCCCAUAGAGACCAGAUGCUGCAGGAAGAGGUUACCAGGCAACAGGCCAAUGAGAGGCUGAGGCGCUCGUUCGCCGCUCAGGCCAACAUCAUCGGACCCUGGAUUCAGACCAAGAUGGAGGAGAUCGGUCACGUGUCGGUGGAUAUCACCGGCUCUCUGGAGGAACAGAUGAAUAAUCUGAAGCAGUACGAGCAGAACAUCAUCAACUACAAAUCCAACAUUGACAAACUGGAGGGAGAUCACCAGCUCAUUCAGGAGGCGCUCGUCUUCGACAACAAACACACCAACUACACCAUGGAGCACGUCCGUGUGGGCUGGGAGCAGCUGCUCACCACCAUCGCUCGCACCAUCAACGAGGUGGAGAACCAGAUCCUGACCCGCGACGCCAAGGGCAUCAGCCAGGAGCAGCUCAACGAGUUCAGAGCCUCCUUCAACCACUUCGACAGGAAGAGAAACGGCAUGAUGGACCCCGACGAUUUCCGCGCAUGUCUGAUCUCUAUGGGUUACGAUCUGGGUGAGGUGGAGUUCGCCCGCAUCAUGACCCUGGUGGACCCCAACAACACGGGAGUGGUGACCUUCCAGGCCUUCAUCGACUUCAUGACACGCGAGACCGCUGAAACAGACACUGCUGAACAGGUCAUGGCCUCCUUCAAGAUCCUGGCCUCCGACAAGUCCUAUAUCACUGUGGAGGAGCUUCGUCGUGAACUCCCACCCGAGCAGGCCGAGUACUGCAUCUGCCGCAUGACCAAGUACGCCGGCCCCGAUGCGUCCCCUGGAGCCCUGGAUUACAUCUCCUUCUCCAGUGCCCUUUACGGAGAGAGCGAUUUAUAAACGCUCUGAAUGUCUUUCUUGUUCUCUUUCUUUCCUCUCAUUUUCUCCAAGCCCCCAAAUGUAGCUUUCGAUUUGCGAGGGAGUUAGCAAUAUCCCUCGUUUCCCCUCUCUGUUUUUCUGUCUGCUAGCUUUAACUUCAUAUUUGUUUUACAUCCACUCUGUAAAGGACGAGUAACUGUCAAACCCUCCUAAUAUGCAUCUCAUAUGAUGAGUCUGAAGUCAACAUGGAAUUAAAUCAACCCUAUUUAUGUUCCUAAUACAUGUUGUUUUGUCAACGAUUCACCAGUGCAUGUUACGCCAAAGAAUAUCUUUAUGCUCUUUCAUUGAAAUAUAAUAACUUGCUCCGCCUCUGAAACAACUUUCGUUUUCAGAUGAUGUCAUCUAGGCCAGAAAUAAGUCAAAUAGCUGCAGUCACAAUGUAAAAGUAAAAUGGGUUAUAAACACAGUUUCAUGUUGACUUUAGCACGCUAAGGGCAAUUUUCCCUCUCUGUGCCAAAUAAAACCUUCCAACAUGAUAAAAUAUAUAUAAAAAAUUGUGUUUGUUGAUGCUAAAGAGUGCUUGUGAAGAUGCAUGCUGCGUUUAUUCUACAGACAUUAAUAUGCGAGAGCCCCCCCUCUUUGUUCAGUCCUUUAUUUUAAGACCCCAAAAAGCACUACUGCUGUCCAUUGUCUUCUUAAUAUGAAACUGUGAGAACAACUAAAUAGUCUUUACACAGAAUUUGUGUAUCUGUAUGUUGUGUUGUCAUGUUUACCCCUUAAUAUCGCUUAUGAUGUAUGUCUUCACUGUUCAGAGGCAAAUUCAUUAUUUGUUUUCAUUUUAUUUGGAGAGUCUGUGCCAAAA